GUGUUGACGCUACAUUUUCCUGUUUCACAGCUAGCUCGGUAAUGUAUUCAUACUCAUCCAUACAGCGGGGAAGUCAGCUCAUCUGCCGUCACUGAGCACAGAAGUGUGACUGACCGGCUUCACCCAAGGGAAGCGGCUACAAUGGCCUCCUCAGGUAACAUGUUACCGGAAAAACAGUUCCAGUGCAUCAUCUGUCAGCAAGUGUUCACCGACCCGGUCACCAUUCCCUGUGGGCACAACUUCUGCCAGGCCUGCAUCCAGAGCACGUGGGACAGCAGCGAGGUCUGCCAGUGCCCCACGUGCAACAAAUCAUUCACCCCCCGGCCUGAAAUUAGCAUCAACACAGCCUUCAAAGAGCUGGCGGACACAUUUAGGAACAUGAUAGUCUGUUCGUCAGCCUCGCCGCUGUCUGCAGCCAAACCGGGUGAGGUGGUGUGUGACGUCUGUGCUGCGACGUCCCUGCAGGUGAGGGCUCUGAAGUCCUGCCUGGUGUGUCUGACCUCGUACUGUGAAGCCCACCUGCAGCCUCACCAGAGGGUUGCCACCUUGAAGCUCCACAAGCUGAUCGAGCCGGUGAAGAACCUGCAGGACAGGAUGUGUAAGAGGCACGAGAGGCUGCUGGAGAUGUUCUGCAGGGAUGAACAGAAGUGUGUUUGCCAGUUCUGCACCGAGACCGAGCACAAAGAUCACCAGACUGUUUCUAUAGAGGACGAAAGUGGGAAGAGAAAGGUCCACAUGAAGACGACUGAGGAAGAUUUUCAGCAGAUGAUCCAGGAACGACUGAGGAAAGUGGACGAGAUCAAAAACUGUCUGAAGCUCUGCACAACGAGUGCAGAACAGCAGAUGAAGGAGAGCGACCGUCUCUUUGUAUCUCUGAUCGGCUCCAUCAAGGAGAGGCAAACCGAAGUCCGCAGAGAGAUCAAGGAGAAGCAGAAGGAAACCGAGAGGAGGUCAGAGGAGCUCAUUGGCGAGCUGCAGAAGGAAAUCGCUGAACUGCAGAGGAGGAACAGAGAGCUGGAGGAGCUGAGGAACACUGAGGACCAUCUGCACCUCCUACAGAGGUCGCCCUCUCUGAUGUCACCUCCACCCACCCGGAAGUGGAUGGAGAUCAGCGUCCACCCUGAACUCUGUGUGGGAACGGUGAGGAGAGCACUCUCCAAAGUGGACAGCACCCUGAAAAAUGCACUGGACAGUCAGAAGACGGAAGAGAUGAAGAGGAUGCAGAAAUAUGCAGUUGACGUGGUUUUAGACCCGGACACGGCCCAUCCAAACAUCGUCCUGUCAGAUGACGGAAAGCAGGCGGGCCGCGGCGAGCUGCUGCACAUUGUGCCCGACAUCCCCCAACGCUUCGACCCUGUCAUCUGCGUUAUGGGCAAGAGAGGCUUCCUGUCUGGGAGGUUCUACUUCCAGGUUACGGUGGGAACAAAGACAUUCUGGGACCUGGGCGUCGUCAGAGAGUCCGUCAACAGGAAGGGGAUGAUCACCUCCAAGCCGGAGAACGGCUAUUGGACGGUGCGGUUGCGGAGUGGCAACGAGUACCGCGCUUUGGACUCCCCCUCGGUCCUUCUUUCCCUAAAGGAGAAGCCACAGACUGUCGGAGUGUUUACGGAUUACGAGGAGGGGACUGUGUCGUUCUUUGACGUGGACGCCAGGUCUCACAUCUACACCUUCACUGGGUGUCUGUUCUCCGACAGGAUCUUCCCCUUCUUCAGCCCGGGUGUCUGCGAUGAAGGGAAGAAUAAGGCGCCAUUGAUUAUCGCAGCUGUUAAUCAUGAGACAUAGGCUUGAGGAUGAGCCUUUGGAUGGGGACUGCAAGAACUGAUCCAGUAUUUAAUAGGAAAGUAUGUUGGUUUCUUCUGAACAUACACCAGCAGUUCUCAAAGACUGUAAUGUCCCACACAACACAAGGUAUCGUGGCCUUGACCCUUUUUGGUGACCAUGAUAUAGAUGCUACUGAUGGAUCGGGGUUCAGUAAAGAGUGAAACCAUGUUAAAUAUGAAGUACAGCUCACAUCAGGCCGACAUCACAGACUCACAGACAACCUGAUAAAACACAGCCAACCACAAUCAGAACACUAAAACACCAGCAGCUGCUUCAAUAAUUAAAACUUCUCCCUAAAGUAUUUCACUAUAGUCUUGAUAGUAAUAAAAAAUAUUGCAUUAGUAAAGAUUUCAAAGCAGUAUGUUUCUUUGUUUUUUUGUCUUGAUGUGUGCCUGGUUUACUUUUCAAAUGUCUUGCAGGGUUGUUUGUGUUAUUAUGCACUGGACUAAUCUCAAAUUAAAUGAAAAAUAUUGCAGCUACAAAUAAAAUCAAACUA